AUGGAGGAAGAAGAUAUUUAUACCAAAGACGGAACCACAGAUUUUCGCAAUAAUCCUGCCAUUAAAACUAAAACUGGCACCUGGAAAGCAUGCCCUUAUAUACUAGGAAACGAGUGCUGCGAAAGAUUGGCCUACUACGGAAUCAAUACGAAUUUGGUCAAUUAUCUCAAGAAUCAACUAAACCAGAGCAAUGUUGUAGCUAUAAAUAAUGUAACAAAUUGGUCAGGCACAUGCUAUGUCAUGCCACUCAUUGGUGCAUUUCUUGCCGAUGCUUACUUGGGAAGAUAUUGGACGAUUGCUACUUUUUCAACCAUUUAUGUCAUUGGCAUGACUGUGUUAACAAUGUCAGCAUCUAUCCAUGGGCUGAAGCCGAUUUGCCAUGAAAACAAUGUUUGUCAUCCAACAAAAUUACAAACUGCUGUGUUCUUUCUUGGACUCUACUUGAUAGCACUAGGAACUGGUGGGAUUAAGCCUUGUGUUUCGUCAUUUGGAGCUGAUCAAUUUGACGAUUCUGAUGAAGCUGAGAAGAAGAAGAAAAGUUCUUUCUUCAACUGGUUCUAUUUAUCCAUCAACAUCGGUGCACUUAUUGCUGCUUCUGUACUGGUCUGGAUACAAACAAACGUGGGUUGGGGUUGGGGAUUUGGUAUUCCAGCUGUAGCCAUGGCUAUAGCUGUUGUAAGCUUCUUUUCGGGUACCCGGUUGUAUAGAAACCAGAGGCCUGGUGGAAGUCCCUUGACCCGAAUUUGCCAGGUUCUUGUAGCUUCCAUUAGGAAAUUUCGAGUCCAAGUUCCUGCAAACGAGUCACUUCUCUAUGAGACUGCAGAUGAAGAAUCUUCAGUAAAAGGUAGCCGUAAGCUUGAUCACACAAAGCAGUUAAGUUUCUUUGACAAGGCAGCUGUAGAAACUCCAUUAGAUCGUGUCAAAAGCUCCAUAAAUCCAUGGAGAUUAUGCAGUGUGACUCAAGUUGAAGAGCUCAAAUCAAUUAUAAGACUACUUCCUGUAUGGGCAACUGGGAUUGUCUUCUCUGCUGUAUACAGUCAAAUGGGCACCUUAUUUGUUCUACAAGGCAACACAAUGGACCUUCACCUAACCAAAUCCUUCCAGAUCCCUUCAGCUUCACUUUCCCUCUUCGACACAAUCAGCGUCAUCUUCUGGGUACCAAUCUACGACCGUCUGAUCGUGCCAUUGGCAUCAAAGUUCACAGGCCACAAAAAUGGAUUCACACAACUUCAACGCAUAGCAAUUGGCCUUGUCAUUUCGAUUUUCGCCAUGUUAGCAGCCGGGAGUCUAGAACUUUUUAGACUUGAUUUGGUGAGAAAACACAAUUACUACCAAGUAAAGAACAUACCCAUGUCAAUCUUUUGGCAAGUUCCUCAAUACUUGAUUAUAGGUUGUGCUGAAGUUUUUACCUUCAUUGGACAAUUAGAGUUUUUCUAUGACCAAGCCCCAGAUGCCAUGAAGAGUCUUUGCUCAGCUCUGUCACUCACAACUGCUGCUUUAGGAAACUACUUGAGUAGUCUGCUGGUGAAAAUUGUGAGUGAUGUAAGUAGCAGACAUGGUAGCCAUGGUUGGAUUCCAGACAACUUGAAUUAUGGCCAUCUUCACUACUUCUUUUGGCUUCUGGCUGUUUUGAGUUUCAUCAAUCUGGGAUUCUACCUUCUGGUUGCAAGAUGUUAUACGUAUAAGAGACCAUUAAACAAUAAUUAA